AUGUCAAGGAGGCCAGUAAAUCCUGCUAGACGCAUUGGCGACGGUGGAAGCAUCCCAUUUGUGGGUGUUGUGCAGUCCAAAGCACGCUCAUCGCCACUACUGUCUAUAGGGCUUGUGCUUGUGGGUGCAAUUCUUCUUGUCUGCUAUGCUUUCAGCGGGUCAGGUGGACGGAGCAGUAAAGAGGCUGUGAUUAAACUUGAAGGUGGUGCUUCGUGCACAUUCGAAGUUCAGAGAGCAAUACCUAUACUAAAGAAAGCAUAUGGUGAUAGCAUGAAGAAGGUGUUGCAUGUGGGCCCUGACACCUGUUCAGUGGUAUCUAAAUUAUUAAAAGAGGAGGAUACAGAAGCCUGGGGUGUGGAACCAUUUGACUUAGAAGAUGCUGAUGCAAAUUGCAAGAGUCUUGUGAGCAAAGGCAUUGUGCGUGCUGCUGAUAUAAAGUUUUCUCUGCCUUAUCGGCCAAAAUCAUUUUCUCUCGUAAUAGCAUCAGAUGCGUUAGAUUACUUGUCUCCAAAAUACCUCAACAAAACUCUUCCAGAGCUAGCAAGGGUAUCUGCUGAUGGUGUUGUUAUAUUUACUGGUUAUCCAGGUCAGCAUAAAGCUAAAGUUGCAGAGCUAUCCAAAUUUGGCCGUCCAGCCAAAUUGCGAAGCUCGUCCUGGUGGAUAAGGUACUUUGUUCAAACUAGCUUAGAAGAGAAUGAAGUAGCCUCAAAGAAGUUUGAACAGGCUGCACUAAAGAAAUCUUACACGCCUGCUUGCCAAGUUUUCCACCUCAAGUCAUACCGUUAA